AUGGAUGUCAAUGCAAUUCUUUAAGAAAGAAAACGAUUAAGUAAUUAUUUCAUAAAAUUUAGGAAUAUAAAAGGAAAAAAUUAGGGAAUGUUAAUUACAAAGGAAAUUUAGAUAAAAAUAAAAAUACUAUAAUUAAGAAUUGACUGAAAAGCUAGGAAAUGACAUUUUGGCAGAAAAAAAACAAAAAUUUUAUUAAAAUGUAUACAAUAAUUAUUAUUGUUAAGCUUUUUGCUUCAGACUAAAAUCCAAACAAUGAAAAGGAAGAAACAAAGCUUUCUUAAAAUAGUUAAUAAUAAAAUUAAGAGAUUAAAUAAAAAAUAAAAUAAAACGAAAGAAAACAAAUCAAAAAAGUCUUUACUUAAAAAAAUGCAAAAGGAUAACCAGUUUUAAAGAAUUAUUUGAAUUUGAUGAUAAAAAAAAUAGAGAAAGAAAAAUAUAAUAAAAAUUGA